AUGGCCGUUGUUGCCGAGAUCCAGUGGCUCCAGGUGGUGUUGACGAAUGCCCUUGGUUCAAUCGAGUACAUGUCUGGCGAUUCGGUCCAAGCGGACGUCAAAGAAGAUGCCUUGCGAAGCAUUUCGAACCUGUCAGAAGAGGUCAAAAUUUUCCUCAAGAAUCACAACGAGGGCAUCCACACUCGAGAGGUGGCUGCCCUGGAGACGCAGCUACAAGUCUCCGAGUCCGAGCAGGCUGCCCUGCGCCGCGAGCUGGACCAACUCCGAGAGACGUUUGAGAGCCGUCUCGCCGAGCGCGUGUCCCGAGAGCUUGACAGCCGUUUCAUCGCGCUUGCCAAGGAAAUUCGCCGGGGAAUGCCGAAGCGUCCCUUGCCAGAUGGAGCGCGAACGGCGCCUCUCCGAGAUGGGAAAGCGUCUCUCCGAGAUGAAGAAGAGGUUGGCGGACCGAGACGCGGCAUUGAGUGCCCAGUUGUGGCCAAGAGGGCAGACAUUGAGCGUCACCAGAUGGCCCUGCGAGGCCUGCGUUCAAAGAGAGACGUCGAGUCUGCCGUCUCGAGCCUCGAGACUGCCGCCACGAACCGGCAGCACCGGCUGGGAGACCUGGCGCAGUGUCAGCUCGAGGCCUUGUCUGCUCUGCAUGGUGCAGUCGAUAAGGUCGAGAGCGAAGUAGGGCUGAUCAAGAAGGUUGGCCGGGAUCGCCACGAGGCCGUCGGUCUUGCUCUCGGAAUCAUUCGCCAAUAUGUUGCCGAUAUCGAUCGUCGCCUCUGCGUCGAAGGUGGUCCCGGUUCGCAGCAGACUGCUGAGAGAGUGGUAGAACUCGUUGGCGGCCUGUCGGAUAUUGUUGAUCGUCUUCCCACCCAGGAGAACUUAUCCCAGUCUGUGCGGGAGCUCGGGUCAGAUCUCCGGGGCGCAUUCGACGGAGGUGACGGCUUUGUCACGCACGAAGUCUUUUGUGCAUUUGUACAGGAGUUCCGGGGGAUUAUGCCAGAGGCGUCGAGUCUCCUGUCACAGGAACAGGUGCAUGCUGCCAUCCACGACGGCGUCUCUGACCUGGUGACAAGGUCGGACUUGAGGGCUUUUGGGCUGAUGGUCGAUGCCAACACUGCGGCGGACCUACUCCGACCAAGCCCUGCGGAGGCUUGUUUCCUCAAUCUCGCCUCCAGGGUCAGCACCCUUGGACGCGACGUGGCGCGGACGGAGGGGCUGGUGACGCUGGCUGUCAAGGUUGAUGCCAUUGACACGGCGUUGGCGGACGCGGAACUGGCAACCAAGGCCGACGUUGCCGGGCUCGCCGACACGUUGUCGCAGGCAAACUCUGCUCGCGACAACGUCGUGCAGAAGCAAGACGUUGCGGCUCUGUCCGACAAGGUCGAUGCGUUGGACGCCAAGUUGACGGGUUCAGAUUUGGCAAGGCGGUCCGACCUAACGGCGCGGUCGACCAGAGUCCUGAGCAACGACCUGGAUCGCGAGGUUGCGUCCCAGGAGGUGUAA